GCAUGGCAUAAUGCUUGGGUGCUGGUAACUGAAGCUGGAGAAGUCAAAACUGCGGGAUGUACGUGUGUUGCUGGACCAGGGAGAUCUUGUUCCCACUCAGCUGCGAUCCUGUGGAAGGUAGAAAAUGCUGUGAGACAGGGGAAAACUGGGCGUGCCUGCACAGACGGACAAAACCAGUGGAAUGCUGGGUCUAAAAGAAAUGCUGGUCAGAGGAAGAUGAAGUAUGUGCGCUUCAAACGACACAACAGGAAGGAUCUCUACCAGCCACCACCAACUUCACCGCCAUCCUCUACCACUCCAGAACCGGCACAGGAGGUGACACUCUUUAGGACUCAUGAAGAGUGGAGGAAGAACGCACUUGCCUCACCAAUGGCAGCACUUUUCAAUUGCCCUGGGAAUAGCCUCCUGCAGCUCUGCUUUAAUGCUAAUACCUCCUCCAUCACAGAGCCAACACCAUGUCCACACCUCCAUCUCCUAACCCAUGAUGAGCACCACACACCACUGGCUUGUGUAAAAUGCAGAACCUUCUAUGAUGAAUACAUUAACAUGUCCACAGCUCAGCUUGAGGAGAUUGAGAAGGCUACAGAAGCACAGAGCAAAGAACAGGUCUGGCAUGAUGCGCGGAGAGUGCGCAUCACAGCGAGCACAGCUAGAAAGGUGCCCAUUCGCUCAACCACGGCGCCUGACAAGUUUUUGUCAGAACACUUACACCCAUCCUUCCGUGGCAAUGCCGCAACCCGUCAAGGAGCGAAGGGGGAGGAACUUGCAAGGGACUAUUUGGAAACUCUGGGCAACAGCAUUGAAACCAAAGGCUUAGUGGUGUGCGAAAAGGAACCAUGGCUUGCAGCAUCUCCCGAUGGAGUGAUAAACAACGACAUUCUGUUGGAGAUCAAAUCACCUGUGAUGGGAAACAAGUCACUUGCAGAAUUUUUGGCAACAAAGAACUGCGAAAUCACAACUGUGGCAAACGGAGAUAGGGUAGAUUACCACAUUGCCUGCAAUGGUCCAAGCUACUACAUGCAGGUACAAAUUGGGAUGCACUGCACAGGCGCUCUGCACUCUCAAGUUGGUGAUCUGGAACAAAACUGA